ACAAGGAACUGGCUAAUUAAAAACAACAAUAAUAAUUCUUUUCGUUUGACUGCCGACCUCAGCUGGCUCCUUGGCCUUUUCAUUCCUUCCACAAUGCCUGAAGGCCCAUCCGUAAAGAAGUUUCAACUCCUCUGCUCUCCCUUUGUGGGGCAGACAGUGACCAAAGUGGGAGGGAGCACGAAACAGAUGAACCCCAAUGAUCUGAAAACACUGGUGCUGUCCGAUGCUCAGGUCCAUGGAAAGAACUUGUUUCUGGCCUUUGGUAUCUCUCAGGAAGCAGUGGCCAGCUGUGAGAGCGCAGAUUCAGAAUCAUCCAAACAGAGAUCAACUGGUCAAGGGCUGGCAGCUUGUGAGGGCAGCUCCUUUCUCAUGAGGGAAGAUGAAAAAGUGGCUGAUGCCCAUGAUCUUCAAAAAAUGCCACAAGUGGAGCAUGAUGGAGAUUCGCCAUUGCUUGCCAAAGACACUGCUGGUGACCUUUGGAAGUGGCUGCGGUUCCAUUUUGGCCUGUAUGGAAGCAUCCGCGCCAACGAGUUUGCAAGAGCCAAUAAGGCAAACAAACGGGGAGAUUGGAGAGAUCCAGUUCCUAGGCUUAUUCUAAAUUUUGGCGGAGGUUUCCUUGUGUUUUACAACUGCCGGAUUCAGCUGUGUUCUUCUCCUGCAACUGAGCCAUCCACUGACAUCCUAAGCCCAGAGUUUGAUUGGGGAAAGGCUUUGGAAGCUCUUCGCAAAGCCAAGCCUGUGUGUCACACACUCCUGGACCAAACCUAUUUCUCAGGGCUAGGUAACAGAAUUAAGAAUGAGGCUCUGUAUCUUGCCCGGAUCCAUCCACUCUCCCUUGGCUCUAUGUUGCCACUCUCGGACCUUGAAUCUUUGCUGCACUCUGUUGUUCAAUUUAGCUUGGAGUGGCUUCACAGCAAGUUACAGAAGCAAAGGUUACAGCUACAGAUUUAUAGGAGAGAUAAAUGCCCUGAAGGGCACGAGGUGAAGAAGGCAGCUUUUGGACCUCUAGAUGGGUUGAAAAGACUUACCUGGUGGUGUCCACAAUGUCAACCUCAAGUGUCAUCAGAAGAGGUGGAAAUGCCCACUGCACAUUCCACCUGAAGUGCCAUUUUCCUUCCCCAGUUUUUUUUUUAAGUUGGUUGUGCAAAAAAUGCAAAGUUAGAUUUCCAUUUGAAAUGAGGGGUAAGGCACAUGCUUAUAGUUGUGAAAUGAACACUGCUCAAACCUAGCAUUUCUCAUCCUGGCUUUCAGAUUUGGGAGCACUUACCUACUGGCGUGUCCUCAUCAGGUUGCUGCAGGAAGGAAUGCAGUUCAAGGAGAGCGAUACACAACUGGAAUCCAAAAUAAGAAUUAUUGAGUUACCCAUGAGAAAGACAUUUUGAAACACUGCCAAGCUACCCAUGACAGAAACAACAUUGGCUUCAGUUGGCAAGAUCUUUCUUUUUCCAGUUUCUCACCAUACUAUAUGUAUGUGGAACUUGGUGGCUCCCCUUAUCAUUAGGGUGAUGAAUCCAUUCUGGUUUUUAUUCUUAAUGGAGUUGUCUAUUGCAAACUUGUUUUGAGGGUUAAGGGUCAGCACCUUGCAUAGCUCCUUUAGAGUUUGAACUAUGUCCCAGACUGGAUUCAUCACUCCACUGAUAUGGAAGCCACAAGCUAGCACUCCAUAUGCCUGAUGCCAAACUAUUAGUAUUUGUAUUAUUGAAGUUAGGAGAGUAGGCAAAGAUGUUGGUUGAACAAUAAGAAAAUAGGUAGUGGGUUUUUUUUCUAGUCUGCAAAGCAGAGGUUUUAUUUUAGUUUUUGUGUGCAGCUGUAGCUCCUGAGAUGCUUAAAAUUCUGUUUUGAAGAUGAGUGUCUAGCUAGAUUCUUGGCUUUUAUUAAAGUUUGGUUUGAACAUGAAA